CACCACCGUACUGUUUACUGUAAACAACACCCCUUAUCAUAUCAUCAUAUAUAAUAUCCCAACUCUCUCUCUUCAAUAAAUUUCUUCAUCACACUCCACUAUAUCUUCUUCAGAUAUAUAUUCAUUUUCCUACAUCAAAAUUUGAUUCAAACCAAACCAAACCAAUGUCACCACCAACAACAGCAAGUGCCAUUGUCUCAUCUUCAUCCUCAUCCUCCUACUUCACUCUUUUCCCUCUCACCUCAACCUCACCAAAAUCAAAACCCACCACCAAACUCUCCUUCAAUUUCUCCAAAACCCAAACCCGCAAUCUCACACUCAAAACAACAACAACAACAACAAUUCGAUCCGCAGUUUCCAUCGAAAAAGAAGUCCCAGAAACCGAACGACCCAACACAUUCCUCCGCGAAUCCGAUGACCAUGAUUCCCCAUCAUCAUCAUCUUCAUCCUCCACCGUCCGAUCCCGGUUCGAGAAAAUGAUAAGGAAAGCACAGGACAGCGUGUGCAAAGCAAUCGAAGGCGCCGACGGUGGAGCUAAGUUUAAGGAAGAUGUGUGGUCGAGGCCUGGUGGCGGCGGAGGCAUAAGUCGAGUUCUUCAAGACGGUGCCGUUUGGGAGAAAGCUGGGGUUAAUGUUUCUGUCGUUUAUGGGGUUAUGCCACCGGAGGCUUACCGUGCCGCCACCGCCUCCGCCGAGGUGAAGCCGGGCCCCGUUCCGUUCUUUGCUGCCGGAAUUAGCUCCGUUUUGCAUCCAAAGAACCCAUUUGCGCCCACAUUGCAUUUUAAUUAUCGAUAUUUUGAGACUGACGCUCCUAAAGAUGCUCCUGGAGCACCCAGACAGUGGUGGUUUGGUGGAGGAACUGAUUUGACACCUGCUUACAUCUUUGAAGAGGAUGUCAAGCAUUUCCAUUCGGUUCAAAAAAGUGCUUGUGACAAAUUUGAUCCUACAUUCUAUCCUCGAUUUAAGAAAUGGUGCGAUGAUUAUUUCUAUAUCAAGCACCGAGGUGAGAGGCGGGGGCUUGGGGGAAUAUUUUUUGAUGAUCUAAAUGACUAUGAUCAAGAGAUGCUUCUUUCCUUUGCCACUGAAUGUGCCAAUUCUGUGGUUCCUGCUUACAUACCAAUCAUAGAAAAAAGAAAGGAUACGCCAUUCACAGACCAGCACAAGGCAUGGCAGCAAUUGCGAAGAGGGCGUUAUGUAGAAUUCAAUUUGGUUUAUGAUCGUGGUACAACAUUUGGACUAAAGACAGGAGGUCGAAUUGAGAGUAUUCUUGUUUCUCUCCCACUAACAGCUCGGUGGGAAUAUGACCAUAAACCGGAAAAUGGAACUGAAGAGUGGAAAUUAUUAGAUGCCUGCAUCAAUCCAAAGGAAUGGAUCUAACAUUGUUCAAAAUUAAUGUCUUUGUAUCAUCCCUUCCCCACUUCUCCCCUUUAUUCUAUUCUUCAAUGAGUGUUUUUUAUUGCAUGGUUAGAAGUUAGUGAUUGGUGUAUAGGACAAAUGUAAUUCACUAGUAAAAGGUGAUAGAGAUGUAAAUCAUAAAAUUAUGAGUACGCUAUCUUUUGUUGAGGACUAAUAAAAAUUUUCUGGCGAAAAAAAUACAUUGUUGAAUAAUUCCACUAUA